UAUAGGCCGCCAUAGAUUUGCUACUGUUCGGCGUUCCACCUUGUGUACCUGUAUUACCCGUGACCUAGAGCUCGGAGAUUUUACUCGCCACAAAAGCUGCACAAUUAUGGCUGACCAAGGACUAAGUUUUGACAAUCCACUGUUUAAGCAGUUUGCAUUUUACAGUGGCGUUGUCAUAGUAAAGACAAUGUCGAUGAGUGCGCUGACGGCAUUUAAUCGGAUUAGAAAGUCGGUGUUCGCUAACCCCGAGGACUGUGCACUAGGGAAGGCCAUGAACAAGGAAUGUAAGCCGACAUUGACUGAUCCCACCGUGGAGCGCAUCAGAAGGUGCCAUCUUAACGAUCUAGAAAACGUGGUCACAUUUGUUUUGGUGGGAUUGCUGUACGUCGCCAGCGGGCCAGAUCCGACAACAGCUGCGAUGUACUUCCGGAUCUUCACCGGAUGUCGUCUCAUGCACACUGUUGCUUACCUAGGUCAAAUUCCUCAGCCAUCGCGGGCGCUCAUGUUUGGCGGGGGAUUGGUUGUGUCCAUGUUGAUGGCAGUUGAUGUCAUCCGCAAGGCCACCUUCUGAAUGCAUACAUAAUGUUGGCAGAAUAGAUAAUCGAACUAUAUUUGUAUAAACAAAUUAUUUUUGUAUCCACUAGGGCAAUGACAUGUAUUUCAUUUGUUAUUAAUCGAUUCUGAUGCGUCCACCAGCCAGCCUGCUUCUAAUUCCAAUAACAUGAAUAACACGUUAUCAUUAGACACUUUAAGCCAUGUGAGUCAUCCUUGAUUAUCAACAUCCAUUUCUUAUGUGAAAGUAUUGUACAUGUUUUGUGCUUUCCAUCAAACAAGAUAUAGCACUAUAAAUUGUGCUUGAAUAAUAUUUAAAAAAUGACAUGAUUUUUUUCAUAACUUAUUGUAACUAUAACUGGUAUUGCAUAUAACGAAACGUUUUCUUGUCAGACAAACCCGACAACAGCCAAAGAUACAGAUACGAAACUAGUAAGAAUCACCGAUUCAUUGUAGGUAUUUUUAGGGAGGAGGAACGGCACCCAUUUACCUAACAAGUAGAUGGCUUACAAAUGACACUCAGUGCUGCUGUGUUUGUUUACAGACGUAACUGAGCUGAUUUUUUUUCUCAACCGUACGAUGGAUGGCUGAUGAUAUGAUGACAAGUUUGUCACUGUCAACAUCACAACCUAUAGGUCGAUAAUGAUGUAGAUUUAAUCAAACUGAAUAUAUUUUAAGUAUUUAUCGCAAACAUACAUGUAAGAUCUUUUAUGAUAAAUUGCCUUCAUAAAUUCAUUUGAAUCUUUAACUUAUAAAUAGUCAUCAUGACUCAACUUGUCAUUUAUAUUGGUUUCUAUCGUGGAUAGUAAAAACAGACUAUAUAUAGCUGAAACUCGCUCAGGUGUAAAAAUCACUUGUUGACAAGGUAAUACAGGUAAAUUUCAGAAUGUUGAUUAAGUGAGAAUGAACCAACACCAGCAAACAAACCAUACCAGGACAUGUUAACCAGGCCGUUUAGGCUAUCUAAUUAUUUCUCUAACACACAUAUACUGACGAAGGCUGGCGUAUCUCGACCAGAACAUUUGUCAGCUCAGCGUAUUCAUAAAUAAUUGCUGAAAUUCACAGCACUUCGUACGUGUUCAGGUGGACUCGUACGUGUGUGCAUUUCACACACAUAAUGUACUUUUAUGUUACGGUAACCCACCGGCGUAAUGCAUGCAUUUAUUUUGGUGUAGCACGCGUACGUGUACACACAUAUCGGUAAAACAAUAUGUUGGUGUAACACAUGUAAUUAUCCAGUAAGUUAUUAUAAAUGUAUACGUACAUUUUCAACAAGGAUAUAACUUAAAGUGUUAAUAUCCGACAACACAUACACUACACACAUACGGACGUGAAGUGAGCCGAGACCACCAACAACAUGGCGUCCACACUCACUUUUGACAAUCCUGUGUUCGCACAAUUCGCAUUUUAUGGAACUGUAUGUGUGUUCAAGACGAUGGUUAUGAGCCUGAUCACGAUAAAACAGCGUCUGAGUAGGAAGGUAGGGAAUUUACCUGGGAUAUCUUAGAAAUGAUCUGGAUGCGCGUUAUACAAGUGUCCAUAUAUAUACUGUAUACACAUUUAUGCUCCAAUAACUUCUCACAACAACUACAUGUAUGUCAACGUAUACUUGAAAGUACUAUUAAAUGAGGUUUAAACGACACGGGUUAUCUCCCAUGUACAGUAGACGCCCGUGUGUGAGGUUCAUGGACAUAGCGAAUCGGAUUAGUAUACGGUAUUAUUUUUUAAAGCCUGUAUAUCAAUACUCUGGUGAAAUGGAACAUGUAACUUGAUCGAUUGUUAAUAUGUAUCAUGGGCUAACACAACUUCGCUAGCCAAGGUUGCUAAAUAUGAUGUGAAUAUCUCACCUGUCCGACAUAUGACCAGCUGAGCAAUCAUAUAUAAUUAACUGAUACCUGUCAAGGCUGUCAAUCACUUUUAUAACUUUACGUUAAAUACCAUGUACUAUAUGCUGUAAAAAUCAAUUAGAACCCAGAGUUCGGACUGCACGGGUCGAUUUACGGAUAUUCCGGAAAUCGCCUGCCGACUCAUUCCUUUAAUAAAUACUAUAUUUUGGACCAUA